AACACCGCGCUGUUUCGCUGCGUGAAAAUGCCGAAGUUUUACUGUGAUUACUGUGACACAUACCUAACACACGAUUCGCCAUCAGUUCGAAAAACUCACUGUAGCGGACGUAAGCAUAAAGAAAAUGUGAAAGACUACUAUCAAAAAUGGAUGGAAGAGCAAGCACAGAGUCUUAUUGACAAAACAACGGCGGCUUUCCAGCAGGGGAAAAUCCCUCCCACGCCUUUUCCUGGUGCUCCACCUCCUGGUGGAUCUCUACUCCCCCACCCAAAUAUCAGCGGUCCCCCUCGGCCAGGCAUGUUACCAGCGCCACCCAUGGGUGGACCUCCAAUGAUGCCUAUGAUGGGUCCUCCACCACAUGGCAUGAUGCCUGGCGGGCCAGGUCCAGGCAUGCGACCUCCAAUGGGUGGACAUAUGCAAAUGAUGCCAGGACCUCACAUGAUGCGACCUCCCUCUCGGCCAAUGAUGGUAUCUGUAAGACCUGGUAUGGCCCGCCCUGACCGAUGAAAGUGGAGUACUUUAGGUGUUAACCUUUACCACAGCACAGUCUCUUCCGUCUGCUUCAUAAACCAGGACCCCACUGCCACACUCUUUUAGUCAGUUCAGUAGUUUUACUUCCAAUUUAAUUUUGAAAACUGGUUAGCUUUGUGUAUCGUUGGCUCAGAAACAUUCAUGUGACAUUAAUUAUUGAGCUCUCUUUGAAUAUUCAUUAAUUGAGCUUGUCUUUCAACACAAGCCAAUAUUCCAAAACCAUUUUCUGAUUCAGUGGCGUGUAAGCUAACGGAGCAUACUUUUUAUGUCUCACCUUGUCCCGAUUUUUGUUUGUCAAAUUUUUAAAUUUCAUCUUUUCCUCUCUUUUUUAUUUUUUUAAUGUCUGCAUUUACGCGUGGGGAUGCAGUUUAGCAGAUGAGUGAAGCUGGGUAUCAUGUUCAUUUGUGACAGUUCUAUUGUGAUUUGUAUGAAUUAAGUUUGGAUUUUAUUUUGACUUCAG